AUGGAUGAGAUCCCCAUGAAGGAUAUGUUUAUGGGAUUUGACAAUUGCAGACUCUCAGCAGAUGGUGGAAUGCCUGAAUAUCUAUUUAUGGUGUUUUGGCAGAAGAAAUGUAAAACAUUUCUAGGGAAUAUGUCACACGUGGACCAGAGUUUCUGUAGCUUUGUGCAACAGCCUGAUUUAGGGAAUGGAUGGAUGUAUGUGAAUGAAAAUGGGCAGAUAUUCGUGAAGAAUGUUGGCUUUAUGAAGAUGAGAAGGCUCAACUCUCUCAAACGUGUCCGGGAGAAGUUAAUUGAAGGAUUGUCGUUCAGCAUGGUUUUGGAUGGAAUAUUGUGUAGAGCUUGGCGGGGGCAUUUUGUCUGCAUCACAAGUGGCACCAAUAUAAAACCACUGCAACGUGCAGCCAAAAGUUUGGAACCAAACGCAGCAAAGGCAUUGGGAAAUAUAGAGAGAGGAGACCCUUUCCCUUCUCUCUCGCUUUCCUUUGACGCUUCUGACCCUUUUCUCUUCCAAGACGCCCUUUGUCUGCAUCUUCUCUUCUCUGACCUAAUGGCUUUCUCCGACUCUUCUUCUGGCCGCAACUCUCUCAUCCCCUCCUUCCUCUACUCCUCUUCCUCCAAGACGCUUCCUCUUCACCGUAUGCUCCACUCCACCGCUGCCGUCGCCGCCCCCUCAGCAUCCCCAGCUAACCUCGACCCCAGAUCGCGCGGCCUCAUGAUUCCCUCUCCCAGCGAGCCAGGCAAGAUCGAGCUUUACUCGCCCGCCUUCUACGCCGCCUGCACCGCGGGUGGAAUCCUCAGCUGUGGCCUCACUCACAUGGCCGUCACUCCUCUUGACCUUGUCAAGUGUAAUAUGCAGAUUGACCCUGCUAAGUACAAGAACAUCUCGUCUGGUUUUGGGGUUUUGCUUAAGGAGCAGGGCUUCAGGGGCUUUUUCCGUGGCUGGGUGCCUACCUUGCUUGGUUACAGUGCCCAGGGUGCUUGCAAAUUUGGAUUCUAUGAGUUUUUUAAGAAGUAUUACUCUGAUAUUGCUGGCCCAGAGUAUGCGAGUAAGUACAAGACUUUGAUCUACCUCGCUGGUUCCGCAUCUGCGGAGGUUAUUGCUGAUGUUGCUCUCUGCCCCUUUGAGGCUGUGAAGGUCCGUGUCCAAACACAGCCUGGUUUUGCUAGGGGUUUGGCGGAUGGACUCCCAAAAUUCGUGAAAUCUGAAGGAACCUUGGGGCUGUACAAGGGGAUAGUGCCUCUGUGGGGACGACAGAUUCCUUACACAAUGAUGAAGUUUGCUUCAUUUGAGACCAUAGUUGAGUUGAUCUAUAAGCAUGCCAUUCCCACUCCAAAGAAUGAGUGCACCAAAAGCCUGCAACUUGGUGUCAGUUUUGCUGGUGGAUAUGUUGCUGGUGUGCUUUGUGCAAUUGUGUCUCAUCCUGCUGAUAAUCUUGUCUCUUUUCUGAACAAUGCUAAAGGAGCAACAGUUGGUGAUGCGGUGAAGAAGCUUGGUUUGUGGGGUCUCUUCACGCGUGGUCUUCCCCUCCGUAUUGUGAUGAUUGGAACUCUUACUGGAGCCCAAUGGGGAAUAUAUGAUGCUUUCAAAGUAUUUGUUGGGCUGCCAACAACUGGUGGUCCUGCACCUGCCGCUGCUCCAGCACCAGGUUCUGAGCUUGCAAAGGCAUAG